CUGCCCACCCACUCCCUCACAUACUUCCAAUCUUUAUAUGUCGCGACACCACAGUACAGUACAGAGACUAUCAGAGACAGAAACCACUGCUUAACAAUUAAUCCUAACCUCUGCCAAAAACAGUGCCAAUUAUGAUUUCCACCACCACCAAAACCUCCUCCAACGGCGAGGCUCCGCCGGAGGAGAGAUGCUCCGUCGAGGAGGUGGCCCUGGUGGUGCCGGAGACUGACGACCCGACCCUCCCCGUCAUGACCUUCCGCGUGUGGGUCCUCGGCCUUGCCUCCUGCACGAUUUUGAUCUUCCUCAACACCUUCUUCAUCUACAGGACGCAGCCGCUCGCCAUCUCCGCCAUCCUCAUGCAGAUAGCAGUGCUUCCAGUCGGGAAGUUCAUGGCGGCGACGCUGCCGGAGAGGGAGUUCACGGUGUUCGGACGGUGGAGGUUCAGCCUCAACCCGGGCCCAUUUAAUGUCAAGGAGCACGUGAUUGUCACGGUCAUGGCCAAUUGCGGGGUGUCGUAUGGCGGCGGCGAUGCCUACUCUAUAGGCGCCAUUACCGUGAUGAAGGCUUAUUAUAAGCAGAGCUUGAACUUCCUCUGCGCUCUGUUAAUUGUCUUGACCACUCAGAUAUUGGGGUAUGGAUGGGCCGGGAUGUUGAGGAAGUACUUGGUGGAUCCAGUUGAGAUGUGGUGGCCUUCCAACCUUGCUCAAGUUUCUUUGUUCAGGGCACUUCAUGAAAAGGAACACAAGUCACAAGGCAUGGCAAGGAUGAAAUUUUUCCUGAUAUGCAUGACAGCAAGUUUUAUCUACUACUUAUUCCCUGGAUACCUAUUCCAGAUUUUGACCUUCUUUUCUUGGGUAUGUUGGGUUUGGCCCCACAGCAUCACGGCCCAGCAAAUUGGUUCUGGAUAUCAUGGACUGGGAGUGGGUGCCUUUACUCUUGAUUGGGCCGGAAUCUCGGCAUACCAUGGAAGCCCAUUAGUCACUCCCUUUUCAUCCAUUCUGAAUGUCAUGGUUGGAUUUAUCAUGUUUAUAUACAUCAUAGUUCCAAUUUGUUAUUGGAGGUUCAAUACGUUUGAUGCCCAUAAAUUCCCCAUUUUCUCAAAUCAACUUUUCACUUCAAGUGGACACAAAUAUGAUACUACUAAGAUCUUGACCCCACAUUAUGAUCUCAACAUUUCUGCUUAUGAAAGAUAUAGCAAGCUGUACCUUAGCCCGUUAUUCGCACUCUCGAUUGGAUCGGGAUUCGCAAGAUUUACAGCGACACUCACACAUGUCGCGUUGUUUAACGGCAGUGAUAUCUGGAAGCAAAGUAGAUCUGCUGUGAAGAACAUGAAAUUAGACGUACAUGCAAAGCUGAUGCAAAGCUACAAACAAGUGCCUCAAUGGUGGUUUCUCGUUUUACUGUUAGGCAGCAUAGUUUUGUCUCUGAUGAUGUCGUUUGUGUGGAAAGAGGACGUGCAGCUUCCAUGGUGGGGAAUGCUCUUUGCAUUUGCUUUGGCUUGGAUUGUAACACUUCCUAUUGGGGUCAUUCAAGCCACUACAAACCAGCAACCUGGAUACGACAUAAUUGCACAGUUCAUUAUUGGAUAUAUCCUUCCAGGAAAACCCAUUGCAAAUCUGCUUUUCAAAAUUUACGGUCGGAUAAGUACCAUUCACGCGCUUUCUUUCCUAGCUGACCUUAAACUAGGCCACUACAUGAAAAUCCCACCACGAAGCAUGUUCAUGGCCCAGCUUGUGGGAACACUAGUUUCUGGCACGGUCAACCUUGGCGUAGCAUGGUGGAUGUUGGGAAGCAUAGACAACAUAUGUGACGUGGAGGCAUUGCAUCCGGAGAGCCCAUGGACUUGCCCUAAAUUCCGAGUCACCUUUGAUGCCUCUGUCAUUUGGGGUCUAAUUGGGCCCGAAAGGCUAUUUGGGCCAGGUGGAAUGUACCGAAACUUGGUCUGGCUAUUCCUUAUAGGGGCUUUCUUGCCAGUUCCGGUUUGGAUACUGAGCAAAAUUUACCCGGACAAAAAAUGGAUCCCAUUGAUCAAUAUACCCGUCAUAUCCUACGGUUUUGCUGGCAUGCCACCGGCUACACCUACGAACAUUGCCAGCUGGAUCAUAACCGGGACUAUAUUCAACUACUUUGUGUUUAAAUAUAAGAAGAUUUGGUGGCAAAGAUAUAAUUAUGUUUUAUCGGCUGCAUUGGAUGCCGGGACUGCUUUCAUGGGUGUUCUGUUGUUUUUUGCUCUGCAAAAUGAGGGCAAAAAUGUAAAAUGGUGGGGUUCGGAGCCGGACCAUUGCCCUUUGGCUACUUGCCCGACUGCACCUGGGAUUGUGGUGGAAGGGUGUCCUGUUUUCAGGUGAUGAAAGAAUGUGUGUUUUUUUUUUUUACUGUUGUAUAAUCCUGUGAUUGAGAGCAAAAUUGCUUCCAUGCCCGUGUUGUAGAAAAGCUCGUUAAAAUAUUCAAGUGGCCAUUUAGCUAGACGGCCUUCUGACAUUUUUAUGUAUUUUUUCACAAUUUAAAUUUUAUACAAUAUUUUCAAUAAACUAAUAUCGUACAUUGUAAUAUAUAUAUAUAUAUAUAUAUAUACAUUAUUGGCACACAUAUAUAUUCACCAAGACAAAGCAAGCUCAUUUAGCUAGCUAGCUACUCAAAAAACUCGGCACAACCCAUUAAUUCCUUUUAUAAGAUGUGGCCUUCUUUCUAAUAUCAUGCGCGCUUGUGAGGCUUCAAAUGUAUGUCUUUGGUUGUAUAACUACGGAUGCCAUCAGCGUUCGAUGUUAAUUUUAUCGACUUAUGUUUGCGCAUUGAACAACAAGGACUAGUUUUCGGGAGACGAACGACUUUGAUGUGGCAUAUUUUCUCCAAGUUUGGGAUUGCGUGGAGAUGUGAAGGCAGAUCGAUUAGGAAGUUUCCGGAAUCAUCCGUGCCAGUUCUAGCCCACGAUUUCUUCCUUUUCCUGCUUGAUCCGCAUAAAACCGCUACUGUUGCACCUG